UCAAUUUGAUUUGUGGCCGUGCGGUGCGACCCACAAAAGUUAGUCGCUUGGUGCCAAUUCCGUUGCUUUUCGAACUCUCACUGGGCCGACGUGCAGUCAGGGAUAAAAUACAUCUGACGUCAGUGCACCAACACGAGUGCAUUACUGAUAAAACCCAAAAAUCGGGUAGCAAUAUGACGACUCACUUCAUGAAUGUUCUGCGGCAGGCCUUCAAGACAUUCGAUCGGGCCAACCACGCCAGCUUCAACGCCAAUCUGCAGCUGCUGAAGCAGCUAACAGACGAGCUCACCUAUCGCGAUCUUCACAUCAAGGAGGACUUCUUCCGGCCCCACUCCGGGGCGCCGUCCCAGGCCCAGGGGCGUGCGCCCUGCAGCUACAUGCACAUCUUCGAGGACGAGCGCUUCUCCAUGAGCCUGUUCAUUGUGCGCGGCUCCAGCUCCAUUCCCCUGCACGACCAUCCCAUGAUGUUCGGCCUGCUGCGCUGCAUCUGGGGCCAGCUGCUCGUCCAGAGCUACACACAGCAGCUGGGCCCCGACGAGCCGCUGCACUACGACACGGACCCCGUGGUGGUGAAGGUGAACGCCGAGGAGCCCUGCCUGGUGUCGCCUCACAGCCCCAGCGCCAUGCUCACGCCACGCAAGCGAAACUAUCACCACAUAACCGAGGCGGGUGGCGGUGUGGCCGCCUUCUUCGACAUACUCAGUCCGCCCUACGACGUGGACAUGCCCCUCUACGGCCCACGCAGCUGCCGCUUCUAUCAGCCCUUGCUGGAGGCGGGCCAACUCCAGCUGCACUGCAUCCCCUCGCCAUCCACCUACUACUGCGACGUGGUGGACACGCCCAAGUCCGUGCUGAAAGGUGCCUUCAAGUGCGCGGACGAAGCCUAUGCCGAGACCGUGCCCGAGACGCAGUGAAGCGCAGUGUGGACCCCAAGCAGCAAGCAUUUUCUGUGUUAUUUCAAUAAAUUUGCCUCCCCUCUUUUGUUUUUAA